AGGCAUCAAAAUUACCAUCAAUCGCGAUCGUGCUAUCAGUGAAAAUCAGUUUAUUCAUGAUAGUAGGUAUCCCGCUAAUUAAUUACUCCGAACGUGCAGCUCAAAAACAUGUCCGGUGAAGAACCGCAGGAAGAUCUCCGUUGCCGGUUUUGCCUGGCCAUGGAAGUGGACGAGCUGAUUCCGGUGUUUUGCAUUGCUUCCACGCAGAAGAUACUGAUUUCUCAUAUGGCUCUGGCCUGUACGGGACUUGUGAUUUCGUGUCGCGACAAACUGCCUCAGUACACAUGUGACGCAUGCCUGGGCAAUCUGGAUAUUGCCUAUGAUUGCUGGAAACGUUGCCGCCAGUCAUGGGGUAACUACAAAAAAAAUCCGACACUCGACACCGAGGACGAAGACUAUCGCUGCCGGAUUUGUCUCAAGAAUGAGGUGGAAGAGCUCAUUUCUCUCUUCUGUAUCUGCGAUAGCCAGUUGAUGAAGAUAAGCGAUAUCAUUCAACGAUUUUCUGGACUAAAUGUGUCCGACAAUGAUAAAUUCCCGCAGUACAUUUGCGACGUUUGCCUUGGAGAACUGAACACUGGGUUUGACUUUCGAAAAUUAACACGAAAAUCUAAUGCGACUUUGCGCAGCCAUUCGAUUGAAACCCGUAUCGUUGAAGAAUCCCGAAAUCAAACUAACGAUAGUUCUAAAACACUCAAUAAUACCUCGCUAUUAAAUGAGUUCUUGAUUUUUAAUGAUCCACCUGAACAAACUUCGCCAAAAGCUAAAACCCCGAUAAAAUCUUCAACAGAAAAGAAAGCAAAGGAAGUUAGAAACCAGAUAUCAGCAAUAACAAGUAGCACCAAACCAGCUGAAUCCGCUAGUCCAAAAAGCAACAUACAAAACAAAUCACAAGUGAUCACUCAGAAUCCAAAAACUGUCCCAAAGGUUCCUGCGUCAAAGGAGAGAAAAAUAUAUUCGCCAUCCCCAACAUUGAAUCCUGGCAAGACGAUAGGCCAAACAGUAUUCAAAAAGCUUCCUCAAGAUCCACUCGCCAUCGAUGAUAAGUACGAAGCUCCAAAAUCAACAACUUCAAACUUACAAUCUACUACAAGUAUUUCGAAGAAAGUCACGCAAACAGAUGGUUCAUCUUCUUUGAAACCCGUUGCUGCUGUUCUAUUUGCAUCCGAUGGACAACCAAAUCUUAAGAAAGCUUCCUUCUCAAAUCCCGCGGAAUUUAAAAUGCUUGCCUCCCGGAUCUUGAAGAAACCUGUCGAUAAACCCUCCCCAGCGCCAGUGGUGCCGGAAGCCUGUGCUACUCUAGCUGCGAGCGAUCAUAAAAUUCUUUACAAAAAGGCACGCUUCACUUGGUCGCAGAUCACAGCUUUCCUAUGCAACAACUGUGACAACGUUUGCAGAGCUGCGGCCAUACAAAAGACAUGUAUCAAAUGUAAACUACGGUUUGAUAACUACCUGUCCAUUAAAUUGGAGCACAAAGCAGCUCAACAAGGAUAUGUGGAAGCUUACUGCUGUAGAGAUUGUACCUUUUUCUCGGUAACUCUCGAAUCACUGCUAGCGCAUCUGAUGAGUCAUAGCAAACAAUUUAGCUACCGUGGCAUAGUACUAGGUUCUGCCAAAAUAACAACUACCAAACAGUCUAACAAAGAGGCAGUACCACCUACUCAAUCGAUUGAACCAGUAUCUAACAAGCGACGUGUCGAAGAAGCGCCAGUCCAAUCGAGCCAACCAGUAGCCAAAAAACAACGUCCCUUACAGCAGAAACCUGAAUUCAAUCCUAAAGUUCUCGGAAUGAAAUUUGCCCAUAAAUGGAUACGGGUAGAACCAGACAGCAAUAUAAUACCUCGUAAUCGUGGUGUUCUCUCCGUUGAUAGUGACAGUGAUAACGACUCAACAUCUGAAGUGCGAGUAGAGGAAGAACCAGCAGUAAACAGCAAAUGUAUUACUCAGGCUGUGAAAGGUACGCUCACCGUUGAAAUUGACAGUGACAACGACUCGGAACCCGAAGGUCCAGAAGAAUUGAAAGAAGAAGAAGUACUCGACACAGACAUGAAAUUGCAACACAAUCCUUUGGACAUCAUCGACACAAUGGGUGCCAUAAUAACAGAACGACCAACAGAUUCACAUCCAAACGAUGCCACAAUAACAACUAAUGAUGUGACGACAUACAGAAUUCAGAAUGAAUUUGUGGAAGUAUCCUCCAAUGAAGAAUUCAUAGGGUUUGAAGAGGAGCAGUUAGAAGCCCCUAGGCUAGUGCCAUUAGCUGGAAGAACUCCCGACACCGAUUUUUUCGAUACCUUGAAAAACACCGACGAAUACUUAAUGGUAUUCCUCAAAGGAUUUCUCUGCUGUGGUUGUUUGAAACCGUUCAAAUCACUGGAACAGCUCAAAAGACAUCGUACACGGACUCAUUCGAAAGCACAACCCAAUGUGAACAAUCCUAGUUGUGAAAUCUGCACGACAGCUGAGGAUCACCGCAUGUUAAGCUCAAAGCGGAUUUUCUACUACUGCAAAUUCUGCGAAAGUCUAUUAGUAGAAGAAGACUUCCACAGCCACCGAGAAUCAAAUCACACCACGGAAAAACAACUGCUGUCAUCCAUCCCGGUACCAGAAGUGUAUGACGUCAUCCUUUCGAAACUAUGUCCAAAAUUAGCUUUGAGGAAAAAGGAAAAUGUCACUCAUUCGCCCAAUCCCUUCAAAUCGAUUGAAAGUGAAACUAUAUUUAAAACAUUGAAAGAAACUAAAGAAUACAAGCUGCUCUUCAUGAAAGGCGAACUAUGCUGUGGAUGUCAAGAGUGGUACAGCUCCAAAGAAGCACUGCAAGCCCAUUGCGACAAAUUCCAUACCGAAGAGAUCAGACCGGGAAACACAGCACAGUGUGAACUAUGUCAUGCUGAUUGCAGAACUGAUAGUCGACUGAUUCGUCAUCGAUUGCAGCGAGUACGGAAAUUGUACUACUUCUGUAAAAUAUGCCAUGAAUUUCUGGUGCAUGAUGCAUACAACUAUGAAACUCAUCAAGCGGUUGCACAUUGGCAACAGCUUAAAGUUCAUGCGUUUGAUACGUCUGAGAACGUCGGAAUGUUGAUAUCGAAAGUUAUGUUGAUUUUUAAUAAAUCUGUUAAUAUUGCAUUUGGACGAGAUAAAUCGCCGAGCAGGAUCAACAUGGCUUCAACCUGCCGCAUUUGUCAACAAACGGGAGUGAAGGGAUUAAUUCCCCUCUCCCACACCGUCAGUACACAGCGAAAGCCAGUAUUCGAUAUGCUCAUUGCGGUUGGCGGCUCGAGUACCUCGAAAGUGGAAGAAUACGACCGUAUACCUCAACACGUGUGCAGCGGGUGCCUCGAACAGUUGGAACAAUCGUAUUCCUUACGCAUGCUGUGCCGUAGUUCUUUGCGAAAGCUUUUACUACAUCCGCUAGGAGGAACUUCUCAAAGUUGUCUUAUAUGCUACGGUAAAAAGGAAUUGUUUGCGGUCAAUGGCGUUCAUGAGAGAUGGAAGAUAAAGAUAAGCGACAUGAUUGAACAAUUGAUCGGCGUAGAACUGAUCAAGGAGCGUUCUCAAAAAUACGCUUGCAAAAGCUGUUCAAUCAAACUAUAUGCAUGGUACGAAUUCAAGGGAAAGUGUCUCAGAUCGGAGGCAAAUUGGUUGGAAAAUGUGAUUUAUCCAUGGGAAAGAAUGAAGGUUGAUGAUAAUAAUCCGGAACACUUAGUAGCAGAUCUAUACGCGAAGGUGGUGCAAGAUGGCGAAGGAAAAGCACACUGUUCAAUUUGCCUGCUAAGCGUUGAUCUGAAACAACUAGGUGAGAAAUGCGAAGGUUGUAUGCUCGAGUUUAGAAAUUGCGAUGAAAUGCAAGCGAAUGAAGUAUCUUCACCUGCUGAAGACGAAAGUAGUGCCUUUUGUCCUUUGGAAAUGAGCUGUGACGAAGAAGAGAUCAAUCCUCAAGAACUGGACGCGCUCCCAGAAGAAGAUGACGAUGAGCGCUUAGAAGUAGCAAAGUUGAAUACCGAAUAUUUGGGAUAUGUUGAAGAACCUGAAAAGGUAUUUGACAUAAUCGAGGAGUACCCCGAUGAUCCGUUUCCAACGGUCUUGCGUAAAGGACCAUGGUGCUGCAAAUGUAUCAAAUUUUUUGCUACCAAAUCUGACAUGGCCGAUCACCAAACUCAGAAUCACCCACCUUCAACUUGUAGUGGAACAUUACCUUGUGAUUUUUGUGAAAGUUCCGCAAAUAAGUUAGCGUUGGCACAUCAUAGAAAAAGUAUGGAUACUUUCGUGUUCGACUUUUGUAGAUCUUGUCAAAUAGUUUUCGAAUAUCCGAAAUUAUUUCGACAGCAUAAGGCCAAGUAUCAUAUGGACUUCAAAUCAGUCAGGACAGCGGAAUCAAAUUUUGAUACGGAGGUUGUCUUUUACUACGACUGCUGUGUGUCCCAUUGUGCAAAUCGCUAUUCAUCGGAAGAACGGCUACUGAAGCACUGUGCAGUUGCACACGGAGAGUCGAAAGAGCCGGUGCCUGAAAAUAUGUGCCAAUAUUGCAAGGUUGUGUUUAUCAGCCAAUCAAAUUUGCAAAAUCACUGGAGGAACGAAAAAAAUUUAUAUAAAUGCCGAGUCGAAGCUUGUAACUUCAUGCGCAUAGACAAGAAAACCAUCUGGCUACACUGUAGUCGACAGCCUCACUCUAGAUAUGCGCGUAAGAAAAAUAUGGAAACGAAGAUCCUUGCCCCGGAUAUGAAACAUUUUACAGUAAUUGGCGAACUGGACAAUAAUACGUACAUUCUGCAGCGUCAAUGCCUGCUUUGCUGUAGAUGUUUUCUCCUUUUUGAAACCAAAGAGGAAUUGGCAGCACAUUGCGAACUACACAGGGUUGAAGACGGUCAACCCUUUCAUUGUCAGAUAUGUAGCCGAGGUUACGAAUCAAAAUCGGGGUAUGGCAAACAUUCAGUUUUGCAGGAAAAUCCCAUCCAUUAUUAUUGCCGUACCUGCAAAAUGAUUCUGUGGCGAAAAGUCGAUCAUGUGAACCACAAAGUUGCGGCUCAUCUCUACGAUGAUGAUCUGAGCGAUCAAAUCGAAACAGUGGAAGACCAUUUCUUCACAUGCUGCGGUUGCUGGAAACCAUUCGAAACGGAAGAAGAACUUGUUGAACAUCGUUGGAAAUAUCACCCACCAUUGAAUCGUAGCCCGAGGAAACCGAAAUGCGAUUAUUGCCAUAAAUUCAUGGAUACCACGGAACAGUUAGAGCAACACAUAACCUUCUAUGAAAGUAAAAUGUCUCACAGAUGCAAGGUGGCUGGAUGUAUUUUUCAAACAAAGAACAUGAAUCGCAUUAGAAGGCACAUUUUGUUCGGACUCCACAAGGACGAGACAGGUGCUACAAUUACUAUCAAGAGCCCAACCGAUUAUCGUUGCUGUGUUUACAUGUGUGGCUUCCGCUGUAUUGAUUAUGAUGCGAUGAUCGAGCAUGGCAAGGCGGUGCAUACGAAUAUGCGCUAUCGAUUGUCUAUUGACUAUAGUGGCUGGCAGUUCACAUGUCCAGUGUGUUGCAAAGGGUUCCCUAAACAAACUUCCCUGAUAUCUCACAAGCUUGGCAACAAAUACUACCGUUGCCGAGGUUGCCAGAAAUACUUCCGACGAAAUAUGUACCUUACACAUUCACAGGAAUGUACAGCACGUUUGAAAUGUAGGCAUUGCGAUCAAGUGAUGUCAUCGAAGCAUACGCUGCGAAAGCACCUACACCAAAUCCAUUCCGUGAAAAAUGGAUUCGAUGCUGGCGCUACCAUGCACAUUUGUAGCAUUUGUGGAAAACAGCGGACCAAUAUUCAACAACACAUGAAGUCACAUGCUAAGAAGCGAAUCUAUAAAUGUUCAACCUGUGGCGAGGGUUUCUUUAAAUACGCAAUGCUGACACUUCAUAAGCGAACGCAUCAACAUCAACGAGAUUUCCCCUGUCGACAUGGUUGCGCAAAGCGUUACAAGGCUUCCGGCGAUCGAGACAGACACGAGAAAUCAGUCCAUCUAGGGAUCAAACCCUUCGUUUGUAAUCUUUGUCCGGAGUCGUUCGUACGCGACCGGGAUCUACGACUGCACCAAAGGAAACAUACUGGCAUGAAGCUUUAUCCUUGCUCUUACUGUUUGGCCAGCUUCGACAAGGUAGGUGAAUACGAGGAUCACUGCAUGACCUGCGUGGAGUCGAUUGAGUAGAAAUUCCGA